GCUGAAGUCACUGAUUAUCAGACCCCAGAGCUGCACAGUCUCUGCUCUGAGCGGCUGCAGGUGGAUUUUUCUCUCUGACUGAAGCAUCUGAUCCCAUUUACACCUCUAAAGAAAGAGCACCCUAAUCUGCAGUGAUGAGAGGCACACACAAUAUAAACGCUUUGAUUCGUCUGCUGUUCUUUAUGCUGCCACAGCUGGAGUCUGGCUUCGGGAAGGUUUUGGAAGAAACUUAUCUGAAGUGGGUUCAAUAUAAACAAGACUGUAUCAAAAUGAUGAAAAAUGAGCCACUACCUCAAGAAGGCUUGUUUUGCAACAGGACAUUUGACAGAUAUGCCUGCUGGCCAGAUACCCCUGCAGGCUUGAUGGUCAACAUUUCAUGUCCUUUCUACCUGCCCUGGUUUGACAAAGUGUCUCAGGGAUCUGUGCGUAGGCGAUGUGGUUCCAAUGGACUCUGGGAGACAGACGGAAGCGGGAAUGUGUGGAGGGACAUCAGCGAGUGUGAGCAAGAAAAAGAGGUGGCGUCUCAGGAGCUUUGGCUCAAACAGCUGAUGGUGGGCUUCAGGACAUUGUACACUGUCGGCUAUUCCUUGUCUCUGUCGACGCUUUUAUUGGCUCUAAUCAUUAUCCUGAGCUUUAGGAAACUGCACUGUACCAGAAAUUACAUCCACGCCAACCUGUUUCUGUCCUUCAUCCUGCGGGCUGUGGCCGUCAUUGUAAAGGACACUAUGCUGGAUCACCACUUUGGGAGAGAAAUUGUCAAUGAUGCCGAUGUAACUGCAAUGCUCAGUCAUCAGGCUACUAUCGGCUGCCGGAUUGCUCAGGUUAUGAUGCAGUACUGCGUCUUGGCCAAUCACUACUGGUUCUUUGGAGAAGCAAUAUAUUUGUACUCUGUUCUCAUUUCCUGUGUGUUCAUUGACAACAACAAAUACCUGCCCUACCUCUGUCUUGGCUGGGGUACCCCUCUCCUGUUUGUGGUACCCUGGGUGGUGAUGAAGGUACAAAAGGAAAACAAAGAAUGUUGGGCCGUUAAUGAGAACAUGAACUACUGGUGGAUCAUUCGCUUUCCAGUUCUUACAGCCUCACUCAUCAACUUUUUGAUUUUCAUGAAGAUCCUGGGGGUAAUAUUUUCCAAACUACGAGCCAACAUCCAAAGUCGAUAUCCAGAUUAUAAACUACGGCUUGCCAAGGCAACCCUCACCCUCAUUCCUCUGUUUGGAAUUCAUGAGGUGAUUUUCAUCUUUGCCACAGAUGAGCAGACAACAGGGGUUCUACGCUACAUAAAAGUGUUCUUUACUCUAUUUAUCAGUUCAUUUCAGGGCUUACUGGUGUCUGUGCUCUACUGCUACGCAAACAAAGAGGUGCAGACAGAGCUAAUGAGGAAGUUUCGCAGCUGGAGAACAGAGACAGACAUUUUAGUACAGUGACUAGCUGGGCUCGAUCCUCGAGUUGAAACUUUUUCCAUCGCUACGGUCCAAGAUCGCAACAGGUCCUCUAUAUCCCCAACCAGGGCAAUGCCUGACAAUUCCCCAACUCCAGACAACUCACAGGUUUUUGGACGCUGUGAUAGGACGAUUUCUCCACCAGCAGAUGGUUUGGUCGAGCAACCUUCACUAGCAGGAAGUGAAGGACAAGCUCUGCAGCCCAGGAGUCAGAGGGAGAAUGAACAGACAUCUGCAGGAAUGCAAGUGUCCUUCCUCAUUCAUCUUAAAGACCCUGUUGAGUGUCCCCCUAAUGUUGUUGACACAAACCCAGAAUGAAAUUUCAAUCAUUGCCGGUCUACGCACCUAAUUCUUUUUGAUUUGUUUUGACCGUCCUAAAAUAUAUACAUUACAUAAUAUAUACAUUAUACAGUCUUUGAUUACAAUGUUUUUUUGCAUUAGAAAACAAUUUCUGACAGAAACCCUGCAGCAUUGCGACUCAAUAGUUUCAGAGAGUGAUUUAAAAAACUUUUAAAACAAUCAGCACCUCAAAAAAAUCAGUUCUGCAAGCUCUUUAUAAAACAGAGGUACAACAAUGCUUGGGACUUUAUUUUUCAAUUCAUUUUGGGGGUUUUUUCAAUUCAAAAAGUUUAUUUCAAACCUGCACACAUUUUACAAUACAUAUAAUGACAAACAAUACAUGGCUUGAAAAGGGGAUGAAAGAAGCAAAAGCUUAUAACCUGUGGUGAUACAAAGAUAAAGUCUUGUUUUGGCAUUAUGUUUUGUAUAAGGCAAGUCUGAGUUUAAAAAUGUGUCUUUCACCAAAAUCCUGAAAAUUUCAAUUCAGUAUUGUCUCUUUCUCUAUAUGGUACAUCUUUCUGUAAACAAAGCCAUAUUUUAAAUGUCUGAUCAUCUGUAUUUAAUUACAUUUUUAAGAGCUAUUUACAAAAGAUACAGUGGAAAAAUAUUAAAAGCUGUUAUAGCACUAAUUGCUCUUAUCUAGAUGCAGAACAUUGCAGUUAGCAAUUCUAAGUCAUUCUAAAAACUGGAAUUAACAUUUUUCCUAACUGAAGUUAAGA